AUGGCAAUCUCGAAGCUAAAAUUCUCGCAGGAAAAGAAGGUUGCAUUAACAAAGCAACAGCGGAGACAAUUGGCAGAACUACUCAAAACGGGGAAAGAAUCGUCAGCCAAAAUUAGGGUGGAGAAUAUCAUUCGAGAUGAUAUAUAUAUAGAGCUUUUGGAGUUUCUCGAACUCUAUUGUGAGCUCUUGCUAGCCCGGCUAAAUAUGAUACUCGAUCGUCCAACAUGCGACCCUAGUUUGCUUGAGGCUGCCAGUUCCCUCAUUUAUUCGGCACAUAGUACCGAUCUUAAAGAGUUGGUUUUGAUUAGAGAUAUAUUGAUCUACAAGUAUGGAACUGAGUUUGGCAAAGACGCCUUGGAGAAUAAGGACGGGCAUGUUCCUGAUAAGAUUGUACGGAGAUGUGGCGUCGAGCCACCGAGCGAGGAUUUGGUAAAUAUGUAUCUAAUUGAGAUUGCAUUGGCUUAUAAUGUACCGUAUUCCGGAUUGGAGCGCUUUAAGGGUGAUGGUGACGAUAAUGGCGACGAGGAGGAUGGUGGUGGUGAUGAUGAUGGUGGCGAAGGAGGAACAAAAGAGGCCGUUCCUGGGGAACAGGACAAAGAGAAACAAGGCAAGGAGAAGCCAUUGGCAGAGUUAGCUGAAAAGCCUAGUGUUUCUGCUAGUAAACCCCAAACAAAGUUUGCACCGAAACAACAGGAUGACUUUGAUGCCUUGGCUGCAAGAUUUGCUGCAUUAAAGAACACCCCGAAAUAG